AUGUACAGGAGAACCGCUGCGACGGGGAGAGUAAAUUUGGCCAAAAUUCUCCCUACUGUAGACACCAUUCAGCAACAUCUAAAGAGGGUCUAUUUUCAAGUACAACAAUGGCUGCACGGAGACCAGCUGACCAUGGACCCAACAAAAUGGGGGUGGAGAAAGGAAGGCGACACACUAGUGCCAGUACAGAUGGAAGAAAAACCUGCGCCCAAUAAUAUUAUGGAACUAAUAUUCUGUGGAUGCAAAGGAGAUUGUAAUCUGAACAUCUGCAGUUGCAGGAAGCACGGCCUACCUUGCAAUCUUGCCUGUAAAAUUUGUGAAGGUUCAACUUGCCUUAACACUGAAAGUUAUGAAUCCGGAAAUGGCAUCCACGCAGAAGAAACAGGCUACAUCAAAAACAAAGGCGAUAAAAAACACGAGUCAUUAGUGCAACAAGGCACAGUAACUUACCAUGAUGAACACGGCCAUCCCAUAACCCUCCACUAUAUAGCUGACGAAAACGGAUUUCGCCCCCAAGGAGAACACCUCCCCACCCCACCACCUAUUCCAGAAGAUAUCCAGAAGGCCAUGGAACAGGAGGAUGAGAAAGAAGGUCAAGGACAAGAAGUACUACAUAUUCAGGUUAAUGAAGCAGAAGAAGAAUCCGAUGGUAAAGAAGAUUACGAGCAAGCGCAGGCCUAUGCUGAAUCACAAGUUCACAGUAAAACGCAUGCUUAUGAAUCUGAACCGCUAUACGUAAACGGGCAAGGAUAUGGACAGGAUUAUAGGAGAAGGCAGAAUUAUGGAAGACAAGGUCAACGCCAAUUUCAACGGUUUGUUAUUAAAAAUUAG